AUGAGCACAAUCACUCUUGUCAGUUCUGAUGGUGCUGAACUCACUGUCGGGCGUCCUGUUGCUGAGCGCUCUGUCCUGAUCAAGAACAUGCUCGAGGACCUGGGUGAUAGCGGGGACGCUAUCCCCAUUCCUAACGUUAACGAGGCCGUCUUGAAGAAGGUCAUCGACGACGACGACGACAACCGUCGCAAGACCACCGACAUCGAUGAGUGGGACCAGAAGUUCAUGCAGGUUGAUCAGGAGAUGCUGUUCGAGAUCAUCCUCGCUGCAAACUACCUCGAUAUCAAGGCCCUCCUUGACGUUGGCUGCAAGACCGUGGCCAACAUGAUCAAGGGCAAGUCCCCAGAGGAGAUCCGCAAGACCUUCAACAUCCAAAAUGACUUCACUCCCGAGGAGGAAGAUCAGAUCCGCCGCGAGAACGAGUGGGCUGAGGACCGCUAA